UUUAAAAAAGAAAUUAACAUGAAAAUGUAUUCAAUUUUCAAAGGCAAAUAUGAAUAUGGGCCUGAGUGAGUAGGUACAUAUGAAUGAGGCGAAAGUACAGAAUAGACCAUUUUUAUUGGGGUAUCUCAAUUAAUGUUUUACAAAUUUUUACAGUAUACUAUGAUUCAUCUUUUUAUAUGUUUACAGGUAUGUAGUGCGGACCUGAAUCUAUGUACAUCAUGAAAUUGGGCAGGUUUCAGGGGUAGUCUAGGCAGGGGGAGUUUUUGUUGUGUCCACCCCCCCCUUCCUACUGAGGCAGUGCUUUGAUAAUCCUCCAAGAGUCAACACCCAUACCGCUACACAGCCUGUGCUUACUGUGUUACUACUGCUUAUUAUCUUUUUUAUUGAGUUUUAUAGUCACUCAUUUGGUGAAGAUGAAUCCUCAUUGUGCGCGCUGUGGGAAAAUUGUCUAUGCCACCGAGAAAGUCAACUGCCUGGAUAAGUAUUGGCACAAAGGAUGCUUCCACUGUGAGGUCUGCAGGAUGACUCUCAACAUGAAGAACUACAAAGGCUAUGAAAAGAAGCCCUACUGUAAUUCGCACUAUCCAAAGCAGUCAUUCACCAUUGUGGCAGAUACUCCUGAGAACCUUCGACUGAGACAGCAAAGUGAGCUUCAGAGUCAGGUGAAGUACAAGAAAGACUUUGAGGAGAGCAAAGGACGAGGCUUCAAAUUUGUGCUGGACACUCCUGAGCUGCAGAGACUACGGCGAGCCCAGGAUCAGAUCAGUAAUGUGAAAUACCACAAGGACUUUGAGGUGAUGGGCUCACAAGGGGUCACACAUGGUGUUCAUGCGCCUUACCUUGUGCGUGGCCAGCUGCGUCAAAACAUCCAAACAGAAAAUACAGGGCACAAGGGUGUGCACCAGUACAUAGUGGAGAUGGCCCGGAGGCCUGGUGUCAUCGUAGCUCCUGUGCUGCCAGGCGCGUACUACCCCAGUGGACACAUCCAGGGGCACAGCUACAUGCACCAGACCAGCAUGCACUCCUUACGGUCCAUGCAGAAUGUGUACAGAGCCCUCUACGAUUACGUGAGCCAAGACACGGAUGAGGUGUCAUUUCAGGACGGUGACAUCAUCCACAGCGUGCAGCCCAUUGACGGGGGUUGGGUGUACGGCACGGUGCAAAGGACUGGCAGAUCUGGAAUGCUCCCUGGUAACUACAUAGAGGGUCUCCGCUAGGGCUUACCAAACUAACUAAAGGCCUGGAACACAUUCAAGUUGUACAACUGUUUUGAUACAACAGUUUGUCUGCACAGAAAUAAUUACAAAGGCCUCAAUUCAAUCAGCGUAAACCCACGUUGGCCAACAUCCGCAUAGCGUGUAACUGCGGUAUGAGAUGACAAAUCGGUGAGCGGCUGCUCUUGUGUCACCAACCACUCCCUUUCUUAUUAUCCACGAUAGAAGUUCAAACCGGUGAUAGAAAAUGUAAAAUGUAGGUUCUAUCGAUUAUAGAAAUAAUGACAGGGGCUAAUGCUUCCAUGUUAAUUUGGAUGGGGGGAUUUAUAGCCUAUCGGUCUAGUCAAGGUGUAGACAGUAGAACAUCACACAUUCAAGUGUUUGAACUUGUGACGUGGAUAUAAAGUCGGGUGGGGUUUCAUUGCAUCAAAUGGCAGUGUCCGCGAUAAGGUAACACAAGGAGCCGCUUAUGGGUUUGACAGCUCGAACGCCCCACCACCGCUCCGACACCACCAAAAUGAACGCUAUGCGGAUGUUGGUUAGCGCUAAUGAUAGAAUCUAGCCCAAAAGUAGUUGUACAACCCGAGUGUAUACCGGCUCUAACUGAGAGCAAUAUGUAGAUAAGAUGACUGUAUGGUGGGGAUUUUCAUCAGAAUAGACAAGUGGUAAUAUCACCUGAAAUAAAAUGUUUCUAGAAAUAUAUGAAAAAGUAAUGAUUAAAAUUCUGUACAUGUUUAAAAAUGAAUGUAACUGUCAUUUUUGUGUGCUUAUAGUAUAUAAAAUGUUCUAUUCACAGCAGUGCGUGCAUUACAUAGAAUAUGGUAACAAUUUAUUCAAAUCUUAAGUUGUAAAUGUGACAAAAUUCCAGUAUGUAAUGUCAAGCUACUGUAUGCAACCUGUCACUUGCAUGUCUUCGAUUCCAUGUCAAUGAUUCAAAUGCAGGCAAGUGGUUUGCAGAUAAAUGUAAAAAAAAAAAUGUAAUGUUAAAUAAAUGUACUAACAAGAAGAAGUACAUUUUCUUGUUUAACAGUUUCCAUACCUUAAAAUAAAUUAAAGAUGACUGGCUGCAA